CUGAUGAUGCUUUUCCACUCAAGAAGUAUUUGAUGAGGUCGUACAACAGAAGAAAUUUAACAAGAGAACAAGCAAUUUUCAACUUUAGAUUAUCUAGGACUAGAAGAAUAUCAGAGAAUGCUUUUGGUAUACUUGUGAGCAAAUUUAGAAUUUUCGAAAGACCAAUCCCAUUUAUACCUCAUAAAGUCGAUACAUUUUUUCUCGCUUGUGCAAUACAUAAUUGGUUACAAAAAACAAGUCAAGCCUAUUUACCACCGGAUCUUAUUGAUCACGAAGAUUAUAACUAUGAAAUCAUAAAUGGAUCGUGGAGACAAAAUUAA